CACACACAUGACACACACAAAACAACAUUGCUCUCUCUAAUUCCUACUACUUUCCAUUUUCUUCUAUUCUCUCUCUCUGUCUCUCUCUCUCUCUCAUUAUUCGUUUGUUUCUCUCUCUCUCUCUCUCUCUCUCUCUCCGAACUCCAUGAUUGCAUCUCACCGGAAAAUCAUUCCUCCUCCGUCGAUUCCCAAACUCCGGUAACCGGAAAAAAACUUCCCGCCGAUCUUCCCUCAAAUCCCGGCCGGCAUGGGAAGCCUCAACAACAACAGCAUCGAUACUGUUAACGCUGCCGCUACCGCUAUCGUCACCGCCGAAUCCAGAGUUCAACCCUCCACCUCACCGAAAAAACGCUGGGGAAGCUGCUUCAGCCUGUCUUCUUGCUUUGGAUCUCAUAAAAGCAGCAAACGAAUCGGCCAUGCUGUCCUUGUUCCUGAACCAGUUGCACCGAUAGUUCCAGUUGCUCAUUCUGCACCAAAUCCAUCAACCGUGAUUGUAAUGCCUUUCAUUGCUCCUCCCUCGUCUCCUGCGUCUUUUCUCCAGUCUGAUCCACCAUCUUCUACUCACUCACCGGCCGCUGGAUUACUUUCUCCCUCAGUCAAUGCUGCUUACUCUUCUAGCGGUUCCGCAUCGAUUUUUACCAUAGGCCCAUAUGCCUAUGAGACACAGUUAGUUUCGCCUCCAGUAUUUUCAAACUUCACAACUGAACCUUCGACUGCUUCUUUUACUCCCCCACCUGAAUCUGUACAGAUGACAACACCAUCGUCUCCCGAGGUUCCAUUUGCUCAAUUGUUGGCAUCUUCACUUGACCGCGCUCGUAAAAAUAACGGGUCACACAAGUUUGCAUUAUACAAUUAUGAGUUUCAGCCUUAUCAACAAUAUCCUGGAAGCCCUGGUGCUCAACUCGUAUCACCUGGAUCGGUUAUUUCGACUUCUGGCACCUCUACCCCUUUCCCCGAUAGACGCUCAUCACUUGAAUUAAGCAGAGGCGAAACUCCAAAGAUUUUGGGUUUUGAACACUUCUCGACUCGAAGAUGGAAUUCAAGGAUAGGAUCCGGAUCCUUGACACCAGAUGGUGCAGGGCAAGGUUCAAGACUAGGUUCGGGAUCUUUGACACCUGACGGUUUUGCACAUGCAUCACGAUUAGGUUCCGGGUGUACGACACCUGAUGGUCUUGGGCAGGACUCGAGGUUAGGUUCAGGAUCUUUGACUCCCGAUGGUGCUGGGCCAACUACUCGAGAAAGCAUGCAAAACCAGAUUUCUGAGGAUGUAUCUGUUGCUAACUCGGAGCAUGGAAGUCAAAGUAAUGCAACAUUAGUUGAUCACCGAGUUUCGUUUGAAUUAACUGGUGAAGAUGUUGCACGCUGUCUUGCAAAUAAAGCAGGUGCAUUACUUCGAAACAUGUCGAGUUCUUCGCAGGGUAUACUGGCAAAAGACCCUAUCGACAGAGAAAGGAUACUAAAAGAGACCAAUGGUUGUUGUGAUGUGUGUUCAAGGAAAACAAACGAUAAGUCCGACAAUUCAUGUGCAGGAGGAGAACAGUGCUGUCAGAAGCGUAACUCUGUUAGUUCAUCCAAAGAAUUCAAUUUCGACAAUAGAAAAGGCGAUGUUUCUGAUACAUCUGCCAAUGGCUCUGGGUGGUGGUCUAACAAGAAGGUUGGUGAAAAAGAAGGUAGAUCGGUCAAUAGCUGGGCUUUCUUCCCAAUGUUACAACCAGAUAUCAGCUAAACAUUUAGUAUUUGGCAAAAUGACUUAACCUCUAUGGUUUGAAGCAAAACAAUCAAUUUUCCAUUUUUCUGCAGAAUAUUUUUGCAUAUAAUGCAUAACGGAAGACAUUAUUUUGAAUGCAAUUCCUCAUACUUUUGAGGAACUGGUGGUAUAUGGAUAUAUAGUCUCUUAGGACUGAAAGAAGGUUAGAAUGCAAGGGGAACAUAGUUUUUAGGUAGGGACAUAUAUAUAUAUAUAUAAUGGAUUAAAAUUCUAUGGAACAAUUACUCCUGGCAUUUCAUCUUUCUAAGUAUACAGAAAUAGGAAAGUACAGGUAUUUCUUCUUGUGUAUUUUUUUGUACCAUUUCAUGUGACAAUAAUGAAAAAAGUAUCUUUUUUCUUUGAGAAUACAGAACCUGCAUAUUUGAUGUUACAUGCCUGCAAUUGUUGCAUUGGUGUGUGGAGACUUGAGAAAAUACAGAUAAUUCUUCUAUGUGGGUUCCUCAUA